UUUCCCAGAAUACAGUUCGGCGGAUCUGCACUUUCACGUCCACGUGCAUUUAGCUCGCGCAGUUUUGUGCUGCCCAAACUCUUUCCAAGUUCAUUUCAUUCCCCACUUUCUGCAGGUCAAGUACCGGAUCUCAGCACCAUGUCCACUGAAUUGGCUCUCCUGAGUGUCUCCGAUAAGACGGGGCUACUGGACUUUGCAAAGCGGCUUGUGUCGGUUGGGCUGUCGCUGGUGGCUUCAGGAGGCACGGCUAAAGCUUUGCGUGAAGCUGGACUCUCUGUGAGAGAUGUUUCGGAGAUCACCGGUUUCCCCGAGAUGCUCGGCGGACGGGUAAAAACCCUUCACCCCGCUGUUCAUGGAGGAAUCCUGGCCAGACACACUCCUUCUGACCAGGCUGACAUGGAAAAACUUGGCUUUAAUCUUGUGAGAGUGGUUGUGUGUAACCUUUAUCCUUUCGUGAAGACUGUUGCGACUCCGAACGUAACUGUGGCUGAUGCAGUGGAGCAGAUUGAUAUUGGUGGUGUUACUCUUCUUCGUGCUGCAGCUAAGAAUCACGCCCGAGUGACGGUGGUCUGUGAUCCAGCUGACUACGAGCUAGUGGCGAAGGAAUUGGAGACUUCGAGCGAGAGUGACACGUCUGUCGAGAUGCGCAAAACUCUGGCGCUUAAGGCGUUCACACACACGGCUCAGUAUGACGAUGCGAUCUCUGAUUAUUUCCGUCGUGAGUUCAGCACCGGAGUUUCUCAGUUGUCGCUGCGUUACGGCAUGAACCCACACCAGAGUCCUGCACAGAUUUACACACUGAAGCCUGAGCUGCCAAUAAAGGUGCUGAAUGGAGCUCCAGGCUUCAUUAAUCUGUGUGAUGCUCUGAACGCAUGGCAGCUGGUUAAAGAGCUGAAGAGCGCACUGCUGAUGCCUGCUGCUGCCUCCUUUAAACACGUCAGUCCUGCUGGUGCGGCUGUUGGGGUGCCACUUACAGAGGAGGAGGCUAAAGUGUGUAUGGUGAACGACAUGCUGAAAGAUCUCACACCGCUCGCUACUGCCUAUGCUCGUGCUAGAGGGGCAGACAGGAUGUCCUCCUUCGGAGAUUUCAUCGCUCUUUCAGACCCCUGUGAUGUUCCCACUGCUAAGAUCAUCUCCAGAGAGGUUUCAGAUGGAAUUAUUGCUCCUGGUUAUGACCCUGAGGCACUUCGUAUCCUCGGCAAGAAGAAGAACGGAAAUUAUUGCGUUCUGCAGAUGGAUCCAGCCUACGAGCCCGAGGAACAGGAAGUGAGGAUGCUGUUCGGGCUGCACCUGAAACAGAAGAGGAACAACGGUGUCAUCGAUAAGCAGCUCUUUAGCAACAUUGUCUCCAGUGGCACUCUCUCCGAGACGGCCAUUAGAGACUUGAUCGUAGCGAGCGUUGCCGUCAAGUACACACAGUCCAACUCGGUUUGUUAUGCCAAGGACGGGCAGGUGAUUGGCAUAGGUGCAGGUCAACAGUCUCGGAUCCACUGCACGCGUCUGGCAGGCGACAAGGCCGAUAACUGGUGGCUGCGUCACCACCCGAAAGUCCUGGGCAUGAAAUUCCGCACCAGCGUUAAACGUGCUGAGAUUGCUAACGCUAUCGACCAGUAUGUCAGCAACACCAUCAGCGAGGGUCCUGACCUAGAUGUGUGGAAGGCUCUGUUUGAGGUGGUUCCCGACUCUCUGAGCGAGUCGGACAGGAAGCAGUGGCUCGGCUCCCUGAAGACAGUCGCUCUCAGCUCUGACGCUUUCUUCCCCUUCAGGGACAACAUCGACAGAGCGAAACGGAGCGGUGUUGAGUACAUCGCUGCUCCGUCAGGCUCCACUGCGGACGAGGUGGUCAUCAAGGCCUGCAACGAGCUGGGAAUCACGCUGGUGCACACCAACCUGCGCCUCUUCCACCAUUGAGCACAUCGUUAUGUCUCCAGUUCCUGACUUCUGAGAAAAGACCAUGUCCUCGUAGCAGCUCUGCAGUUGGCACCUUUUCUUUGCUAAGCUGAUUAGCACGAUGUUUCCUGCGUUUGUGACCUUUAAACAUUCCCUUUUGUGCUACAUCAGCUUUAGUGAGUCUUAAUAUCGUAGAUACCACUGUAGUAGACAGAACAAAACAUGUUUAACACUACAACUCCUUCACAUUCCAUGACACUGUCUGGGGCAGCUGAUCUGCCUGAAACUGAGUAGAUUAAAUACUUUCUCAAAAGA